AUGUGGUAUCCAGCGAUCCUUCUUGUUGCAGCGAGUCAACUCGUUUCUGGCAUCUGCGAGUGUGGAUAUUCAAUUGUAGAUCUCGACAACCAGCAACCCAUCUUCUUCACAGACUACCUGGAGACCGACUUCACUCGCCUCCCUACCAUCUCGCAGAACAACGAUUGGGUGCGGCAACAGUUUACUGUCUCUGCCGAGGAUGGCCGAGGCGAUUACGGCAAGGCUUUCAAGCCCGAGAAUAUUCGAACUCACAUAACAGAAAUGAAAGGUCGACAGGACGAAGAAGCUGGCCUCCACCUCCUUGUGGGUAGUGUCAUCGAUGACCAUGGCGCCAUCUCGGGGAGUGAACUGGACACCGAGAGACAGGACCUUCACUGGGGCUCAUUCCGGGCCGGUAUGAAGUUGACGCCGACCAACGGAACAUGUGCUGCGUUCUUCUGGUAUUUCAACGACACCCAAGAGAUUGACAUCGAGUUCCUUUCAAGGGAGUUUGACCAUGACAAGGGCAUCUAUCCCGUCAACCUAGUAGUGCAGUCGAAGCAGUCGUUAGAGGCUGGGUAUGAUGCUAGUAAAACUGGAACUUACAAGAGAGUCAACUUGGAUUUCGACCCAACGGAUGCCUUUCACGAGUACCGAUUUGACUACACAUCAAACCGGGUUCUGUUCUACGCCGACAGCAAACUUCUCGCUCGAAUGGAGGGGGGAAAUAUGCCAUCGGCUGGUGGUCAUCUCAUUCUUCAGCAUUGGAGCAAUGGCAAUCAAUGGUGGUCAGGGGGACCGCCAACCGAGGACGCAACAGCCACCGUCAGCUAUGUCAAGGCCUACUUUAACUCAUCAGAACCCGAACACCAGGAGGUUCCUGACGUGACGGAGCGGAAUGCUUCGUCUGGUGGGCGCUUCUUUAUUGACGACGAGACCUCAGAUAAGAAGGAUAGGCAAGAUGAAAACAAUGCUACAAGCCACGGAAUUCGAGGAGCUACGAUUGAAAGAGAUAUUGUGCUGGCUUCUAAGUUGGAUAGCAGUUCGCCUACCAUGCCCUCUCCGGAAUUUUUAGACAUUGUUCUUGAGAACCAAACCGACUCACCAGCACUCUUUGCACACAUCAUGGGCCGAAAUGACAAAGGCGUCGCUGUGCUCCUCGCCGACGGUCAGACGUUGCACCAGCCUGCGUCACCCUCCGAGAUCCUGCAGCCCGUCGGAGCGGACCAUGGGAUCCCGAUCGGCGGACCCGGGUCGCGGCGCAAGAUCCGGAUCCCGCGCAUGUAUGGGGCCCGGAUCUGGUUCUGCAAAGGCAAACCGCUUACAUUCCUGCUCAACCCGGGGCCGGCUAUAGUGGAGCCGUCGGUGAUGAACCCGACCGAUCCCAACUUUGAUGCCGACUGGGGUUUCUGCGAGUUUACCUUCAAUGAUUUCCAGUUGUUCGUCAAUGUGUCAUAUGUCGAUUUUGUGAGCCUCCCGAUCGCGCUGAAGCUCGAGAACGAGGCCGGAAAGGUCACACAAAUCCCAGGCAUGCCUAAGAAGGGCCUUGAAGAUGUGUGCGCCGGCCUGCAGCGUCAGGCCGCAAAGGACGGCGCGGGCUGGGAGAAGCUCAUCGUCAAGUCAAAGGCUGGGAAGAACAUACGAGCCUUGAGCCCCAACGCAGGAAGGGAGCUUCACCCGGGUCUGCUGGAGGGCUAUUUUGCUCCCUCGGUGGACGCAGCAUGGGCUCGGUACGAAAAGGAAGAUCUAGUGAUCAACACACAGUUCGACUGGGGAGACGUCAAGGGUCGUGUGCGUGACGGCAAGCUGGUGUUUAGCAAUGUGGGCAAGGACAAGUUGACCUUUUCCUUCUCCAAGCCGUCAACGCGGGAUAUUCUAUCGUGCAGCACGGGACCGUUUGCCGCCGGGGAGGGAGUGUCGGCGGCGCAGCUCAACGUCGGGGCCCGGCUCGCGGCGGCGCUCAACCGGGGGACGCUGGCCCGCAACGGCCGGCAGCCGGAGGGGGAGCGGGUGGAGGCUUACUACGCAGAUGAGAGUGUAAGGUCGAACCACUACUCUCGAGUUUGUCAUGAGGUGACGAUCGAGGGGAGGGGAUAUGCGUUUCCUUAUGACGACGUUGGUGCGACCGAUGGAGUUGAUCAGUCUGGAUUCUUGAAUGACGAGAGGCCCAAGGUGUUGACAAUCACUGUUGGAGGGCCAAAGUGA